UGGACUGGAGAUUAUAUUUGGAGAGUUUGUAAUGUUGUGGAGCCAAUCUAUCAAAAUUUCGUGACUAAAUUAUUGAAAUGUCUAAUAUUAUGGUUUGUCUCGUUUCUCUAAACACUUCAAGUUUUUUUAGUAGUAAUUGGAUUCAUCAAUUUUAAGAAUCUUAAGAUUUUACUUAAGAAAAGAUGGCGUCUAUGCAAAAAAGGCUUCAAAAGGAAUUGUUAGCAAUACAAAAGGAACCACCUCCAGGCGUCAGAGUAAAUCCCGAUAAUAUAGGAUCAAAUUUGACGCAAUGGACAGUUGAUAUGGAAGGAGCUGUUGGAACUCUAUACGAAGGAGAAAAAUUUCAGUUAUUGUUCAAAUUCACUCAAAAAUAUCCCUUUGAUUCACCAGAGGUGACCUUCAUUGGCCCCAAUAUUCCUGUCCAUCCUCAUGUAUAUAGCAAUGGGCAUAUUUGUCUCUCCAUUCUGACUGAAGAUUGGUCUCCUGCUUUAUCCGUUCAAUCUGUGUGCCUCAGCAUAGUCUCCAUGCUUUCCAGUUGUAAAGAAAAGAAACGACCCCCAGACAACACUUUGUAUGUAAAAACAUGUAGUAAAAAUCCUAAAAAGACUAGGUGGUGGUAUCACGAUGAUUCUGUCUGACAUCAUGUAAAUUAGAAGACAUUUUAAAUUUUGACACGCUUCUAUUAUUAUUGAAGAUCUAAGGACAAAAAUUCUCAAUCCUGUAUAAUCUUGCACCAGGAACUCCACUAUGCAAGGAUAAACAAGAAUGAGAGACAGUUAAAAGCUUUUACUAUUAUUAAAUGAAAAUAUAAGUGCGUUUGAUGAAUUCAAGCAAUUGUGAAAUGAUCAAGUAAAAAAAAGCUAGGAAACAAUUAUCUAUGCAUGUUGUCCUUGUGAUAUUUGUUUUAUUUAAGUAUUUAAUUAAUUUGAUAAUUUUACAAGCUCAUUACUCUUGC